GAAUGAAAAAUCACUCUUGUCCUGGUUCAUUUGCAGGUAUAGGUAGUGUGUAAUUAACGUACUACUGCUAUUACUGCGGUAUUAUCGGUAGUUUGAUAUGAUAGGCUUUAAAAAUAAUAUUUGUUUAAAUGCCAUAACCCAUUGCUACUCCAACUACUAUUAUCUGCUACCGUUGUAGUUUGAAUAUUAAUAUUAUAGGCGGAGCUAUGGGCCGCCAUUGAAAAGCAGACGACACGAUAGUCGUGCAGAGUGUAGCAAGGCGUAAGGCAGACGACAUCACGAAACACUAAAUCGGAAGACGAAAGGAAAUUUUGAUGAGAAAUAUUGUAAGGAAUUCCUCCGUUUAUCUUUUACAGUUUGGUGAGAAAAAAGCAAGCAAAAAAGGCAAGAAAAAAAAAGAGCUUUGUUUUUUUGAGUGAAAAUUUAGAGCUGGGGUGAAAAUUCAGUGUUUUCUCCCUUCGCUUGAUUCCGUUGUAAAGGUGAAGGUCGUGUGGUGCUGAGGAUGCGGGGCCUAAAGAUGGCGGAAUUACAGUUUGAGGCUCCUUUGGCCACAUUUGAAAGUGAUGAAUGGAAUGAUUUUAACGAUUUUCAAACAGUUACAGAGGUAGAAAACUCUAACAAGAACCCUAAGCCUUCGAAAGGAACAAAUGAAAAAAAUGACAAUAACUUAGUAGCUGAGAAUCACUUCGGGGAAACAGUGUCAGGAUCACUCGAAGACUUGGUUAAUACAUUCGAUGAAAAAAUUACGAAAUGCUUUUGUAAUUUCGAAGAAAAAGUUGAAAAAUUCGCCCCUGUUCAAAUUCGAACACAAGAGGAAAUUAUGAAUGAUUGCCAAAUGUGGUGGACAAUUACAGGAAACUUUGGUAACUUACUUCCAAUAGAUUGGUCUAAAUCAUAUGCAAGGCAACUGCAUACAAGAGCCUUAAAUCUUUCAGAAAAGAAAGAAACAGAGACAACUGAUCUGGAUUUACCUGAUGACGAUGAACUGGCAGAAGCCUUUGAUAUGCACUCUCUGAUUAUUUCCAGUCUUAACACAGAUGAAGGUCAUCUGGCCACUGCUGAUGAGGUCAUUAAUGAAAUAGAGCACAUGAUGCAGGAUUCCCCAAGUGAAGAGUCACCCGAGGAAGAGGAGGAAAUAUCUGAGGAAAUGGAUAGUUAUACAAAAGUGAAAGAAACUUUAAAACAUUUGCAAACAAUUACAGAAACAGAGAUGAAAAGCAUGUCAACGGCAGCUCUGAAUGAGUUACUUGCCCAAUUUGAGCUGACCAUAAAAGAGCUAUCAGAAACUCUAGUCACUGAACUAGCCUUACGUGAUGAGCUUGAAUAUGACAAGGAACUCAAGAAUCAGUUCAUCUCUCUACUGCUGACUCUUCAGAAAAAAAGACGUGAAAACAAUGUUGACAAAAAGAAGAAAAGAGUAAAAGUUAAUAAUGCAUUGGCAGAAGGUGCUGGAACAUAUCUAACUACAGUUAUUCCUUAUCACCCCUUCCUUGGACCACCGGCCUCUGAACAACUCCAAAUUUACAUUAAAAUUUUGCAGGCAAUCAAUGAAGACAGUAGCCAAGUACCAACAUUGUUGACUGACUACAUCUUGAAAGUUCUGUGCCCUACGUAGGGUAAUUGUGUUUGGCCUGCAUCACCCACUUGACAGCAAGGAGAAAAGGCUGUGUGCAUUGUUGUCAGCAGCUUCAGAAUGCCUCCUGUUUUAGUACUGCAACUGUUUGAACUGCGUCACCUCUUUUCCUUUUGUCUUUGUCGUCAUUUUUGCUGAUUUCUAUCUUAUGCUAUUCUCCUCUCUGGCCAGACUCAACAUUUACAGCCUAUUUAGCAACAAAUUUCUAUUUUGGCAUUCAUAUCCUGAUAUGCAAUUGAAGUGGGAGAUUUGUUUAGAACAAUCUACUAAAUUUGAUUAUUUAAAAACACAAUGGUGAUAAUAAUGAUAAUAGUAAGAACAACAAGCAUGCAAUAUUUUUUUUCUAUCUCUACCAUAACUGUAUAGCAGAGUUCACUUUAUAUGCCUGUAUUUUUGAAAUGAGUUAUUGCUUAAGUGAUAUGCAUUGUGCAGACCAGUAUCAUCAUCUUUUGUUUUAUUAUCUAUAUUACAUUUUGAUCCCAACAUUUUUUCUAAUUGAAUAUAAUGUUGAUAUAAACACAGAUGAUGACUUUAUCUGAUCAAUGUACACUACUCUAGAUUUCAAUUUGUGGAUUUUGUUUAAAAUUGACUCUGCAUUUCAAUGGAUGAGGUACUGCAAAGUUGCUGAUGUUAUAAACAGAAGCAAAUUUGCUAACAUUUGGAAUUGUUUAUUCCCUUCUUUUAACAUAUAUGUAUACUAUGUAAUCAAAAACAGCAGAAAAUUCUUUCUUCCAGUUAGAACACCCACCUAAAUUUAUUUUGGGAAAUUGAAGGUAGUUUUGAUUGUAAUGAUUAGUGAAAUGCAUAAACAAUUUUAUUUAUUUAUUACAGUUAAAAUAAGUUAACUGCUGUUGUCUCACUUCUUACAAGAUUAUCUUCUAUAUUUUAUGUUGCUAUAUUCCUGAAAAAAAAAAGCAUUAAUUUUUUUUUUCUCACUCCCUUUUUCUUCAGGGUCUUUUCAUUUGCUAUCUCUAUAUGUUCAUGUUGCAUUGCCUUGUCGGGAUUUCCAACCUGCCAGACUGGCACAUUCUGUAUAUUAUUCUCUAAUGUCAUACAUUUUGUAUGGUUUUAGAUUUUCCCUAUCAUUUUCGUGCAAUUUAUGCUUACUUCUCCUCUCAACUACAUCAGUCUGAUUAAUAUUUUUUGUACAACUAUAUCUAUUCAUCUUUUUCCAGUAAAGACAUUCAAAAUAUUUUAAGUGAACAAGUUAGGACUGUGCCUGUCAACCAAAAUAUACAGAUUUAUAUAGGAAGAAAAAAAAAUUAUUUAUCCACAACAGUUCUUUAUCAUUUAUAUGUUUCCUGAAUUCUUUGUACUUUUUUAUUAUCUAAGGACAUUGAAAAAGUCACCUAAGUGUGCUUGCCUUGUAUAACUCAUAGCUGGUAUGUUAUCUUGCUAUUAGAAAGCAAGUAACUACUGAUGCAUCAAAAAACUCACCAUAGAAUAGCCAUCUGUAUACAACAGAGCAUAAAAUAAAGGCUCUCUAGUCCAAGGAUGUCAAUUUAGUUUUUUAAUCAUGCUUAAAUUACAUUUUAUUUAACAGGGAAAGAGCUGAUUUUUAAAACUGCUUUGUUUCGUUUAGUUUUUGUUCACAGAAAAUAACUUAUUUUUCCUAAUAACUUUUUAUUCUAUAUUUUCACUACAUUUUAGCAAAUUUAUGUUCAUUCACAAAUUUAUUUGCAUAUACUUAUGAUAAAUCAAGAUGACCUAAUACCAUGGAGAACUGUUAAUCUAUAUUGUAAAUAACAUCCUGCCAGCUUUUUAUUCAGUGACUGAAAGAACUUUUCCUACAUAUUCUUGUUCUCUCUUCAGUAGCCAAGUUUGACCAUUUAACAAUUUUUGAAUAAGCAGUGAAAUCUAAAAAGUAAUUUAAUCUCACUUUGGUAUUGUCACUCUAGUUGCAGAGCUGGCAUUUUUCAUUGCUAUUAGAAAACCUUGAGACAUCAGCUCAGUAUCAAACCCUCAAGUAUUUGAAUAAAAGUAACCUUAGUCUGUUAGUUUUUUUUAUUAGCCAAAGUGAACAUAAGGUAGAUAAUUUAUAUGCAUAUCUGUUGUAUUUCUAAGAAUAAUCACCAAAAAUUAAAAUCAAAAUUACAUAGUAUUAGGCAGUAAUGUUUUCAGUUUAAUCAAAUUAAGAAUUAGGAUAACAUGACAGCUUAAAAUAUUCAAUAAGAAAGUGAUUUACUUUUCAAACAAGUCUUAACCCAUUUGAUACCAACCAACCUGAGACUGCCUAUGGUUCUAUAAUGCAAACUUUUGUUUUAAAGUGAUCUAAAUUAAAACCUUCUAUCAAAAUUUCCUGUUAUUUAAGUUCCUAACACCUAACAUCUUAAUGAUGACAGUUAUUUUAUUAAAUUCUUCAAUAUUUUCAAAAUUAACUGAAACAAAAGCAGUUUAUUUCAACAGAAAUAUCGUAACAAAAGGGUUAAUUCAUAACAUCUUUUAAUUGGCUUUUUUUAUUAAUUGCAGUGACAUCCAUUUUGGUUGAGUCUAUAUUUUAAUGUGCAGUGCUACUCUUGAUGAACAUUGCAUGCUUGUAACUUAUGGUUGUUUCAAUAAAUCUUACACAGCU